AUGCUAUACAGAAUCGGGGGUUUGACUGCUGGUCUGUACUGCCCAUAUUUCUGCCAAGGCCCCGGCGCGGCGGAGUCGCUGCUGUGGAACAUGGUGGACGCGCGCUACUGGCGCUGCGUGCUGAAGCGCAGCAGCACCUGCCCGGACCCCGAGAUACGGUUCUUCCUGUACACGCCGGAGGCCGGCUGGGCGGCGCGCCGGCAGGUGGACGUGCGCUCGGCGGGCUCGCUGCGCCGCGCCGGCUGGGACCCGCGCCGCCGGAACGUCAUCAUCGUGCACGGCUUCAACGGCACCGAGAGCAAGACGCCCAUGACGCUGCUACGCCGCGCCUACUUGAGCCGCGGCGACCACAACGUGUUCACGGUGGACUGGGAGCCGCUGACGUACUUCCCGUGCUACCUGUCGGCCAUCAGCAACACGCGGCUGGUGGCGCAGUGCUCGGCGCAGCUGUACGCCCACCUCACCUACCACGGCGCCGCCGCCUCGAGCAUCACCUGCGUCGGCCACUCCCUGGGCGCCCACAUCUGCGGCAUGAUGAGCAACCACCUGUCCCGCAGGAUGGACAAGAUCAUAGGGCUGGACCCGGCGCGGCCGCUGCUGGACCGGUUCGGGGACGCGGCGUUCCGGCUGACGCGGGACGACGCCCGCGUCGUGCAGGUGGUCCACACGAACGCGGGGGCGCUGGGCGAGGCGGCGCAGACCGGGCACCUCGACUUCUGCGUCAACGGCGGCGCCGAGCAGCCCGGCUGCAAGGGGCACCGCCUCCGGCGGGCGCGCUGCAGCCACUUCCAGAGCGCGUGCUACUUCGCGGAGGCGGUGGCCGCCAGGGAGCCGAUCCUCGGCUACCCCUGCUCGGCCUCCUGCCCAAAGCGCGGUCGCGCCCUCGGCCUGCUGCCGGGACCACCCGUCUCCAUGGGCGCCGACACUCCUGACGGAGUGACGGGCACCUACUGUGUGAGUAUCACACAUGGAAGGGACUGCAAAUUUGACUGAGUGUGAUGCAGUCCUUAGCAUUGUUUUACAAUGAAAUGUGAAGGCAGCAGCAUCGACUGUUUGUUGGAGGAGACCACAUCUGCUUAUGCCAGAUGCCCAGUAAAUGGGUGUAGUUAUUCAGUUUAGUAUGCUGACUCAGUGAAAUGCAGAUUUUCGAUGUUGCUCAUAACAGCUGUUCAGUGGUGGCAUCAGCUUGAAAAUCUCUUUUGUCACCUAAGUACUGGACCAAGAUCAAAAGAACUUUCCAGUUAACUGUGUAUUAAAAUGUGCAUGGAAACAUUUUCUGGUUAACAUUAGCAAUAAUCAUCAAAAAUUGUGAAAAAAGUUGUCACUGCUUACCAGAGUUAUAGCCUAGUGUAGUGGACACCCUCCAUUGAUGAGAAUAUCUUCAACUUUAAUGAAGAAGAGAGGGAAUAGACAGUGUCUUUCAUUCAUAUUUAAAAUGUUUAUGUUUAGCCAAGUCCUUCACUUGAGUCAUCCUGUGAAAAGGAUCACAGUAUUACCUUGCCACUACAUACCUUUUGUAUCAUAAUAUUUUCACCACAUAUAUUUAAAUGGUAAUGGAAGCCCUUUAAG